UAAACACCUGCAGUCACAGACCUUCACAGCAUAGGACCCUCAUAAGGAGACGACAUAAGGACCUAUAUAUUCUCUUAUUUUCAGAUGGAUGAGUGCAAUGGGAAUACGACAAAAACUGUUGAAAUUAUCAUUCUAUAAUUCUUGAUCUGAAAUCUAUGGGAUAUGUUUUAUGUGGUUUGUAAAUAAUUCGAGAGAGACUAAGAAACUCUGUGACUCUAGGCUAUAUGGUUAUAAUUGAGUGAACGCUUAAGCAUUUAAGACCUUUUCAAACGGAUUUUGGUUGUUUUCGUGUGGAACUUCAGUAUUUUAAAUUGUUGAGCGAGACGCCCAAGGAAUGUAGCGAUAACAUCUUAUUUUGUGAGUGUCGGGUCUCCUACACGAGAAAAAGAAAAAGACCUGUUUCUACUAUGGAUAGUGCCAAGAAAGCGACUCGAGCCCUACUCCUCCUGUUGAGUUUCUGUAUUUGCAGUACCUCAGGCCUCCAACAGUCUGCUCCAAGGAUACGCCUGUCUUUCAAAGAGUUGUUGGACACCAGAGCAGUCCGUCCCUUCUCCUUCUCCUUCAACACCAGUGACUACCGCAUCCUGCUGAUGGACCAGGACCAGGGCCGUCUCUACCUGGGCAGCCGGGAGUACCUGGUGGCCCUGGAUAUGCACAACGUCAACAAGGAGCCCCUCAUAAUCCAUUGGCCAACCUCUGACAAGAGAAGAGGGGAAUGUCGGAUGACAGGAAAAGGAGGACAGGGUGAGUGUGCAAACUUUGUGCGUAUGAUAGAGCCAUGGAACCGCACCCAUCUGUACACCUGUGGAACUGGAGCCUACCAACCUAUCUGCACCUUUAUCAACAGAGGCUGGAAGGCAGAGGACUAUGUGUUCAGGCUAGUUCCUGGAUUUACGGAAUCAGGGAAGGGCAAAUGUUCCUACGACCCUUCCCAGGAGAACAUUGCUGCUCUAAUCGAUGGGAAUCUGUAUGCGGGGGUCCAUGUAGACUUCAUGGGGACAGACGCAGCCCUCUUUAGGACCAUGGGGGGCAGAACAACAGUCAGGACAGAGCAGUAUGACUCCAAGUGGCUCAAUGAGCCCGUGUUCAUUCAGAUCCAGCAGAUCCCUGACAGCUCCGAGAGGAAUGAUGAUAAACUCUACUUCUUCUUCCGGGAGAAGAGUCUGGAUGCAGGGGGAGGGGCCAGCCCCAGUGUGCUGGCCAGAGUGGGACGAGUGUGUCUGAAUGAUGAGGGGGGUCAGAAGUCCCUGGUGAACAGAUGGACCACCUUCCUGAAAGCCCGCCUGGUGUGCUCUGUGAUCGGAGAAGAUGGGGUGGAGACCUUGUUUGACGAAUUGAGGGAUGUUUUUAUCCAGCCCACGCAAGAUGAACGCAACCCUGUGGUCUAUGCCCUCUUCACAACUGCUGGCUCUGUGUUCAAGGGCUCAGCAGUCUGUGUGUACUCCAUGGCUGACAUCCGCAACGUCUUCAAUGGACCCUUCUCCCACAAACAUGGUCAUAACUACCAGUGGACAGCCUACACGGGCAAGAUUCCCUACCCUCGCCCUGGCACAUGUCCAGGAGGAACAUUCACCCCGGGCAUUCGCACCUCUAAGGACUUCUCAGACGAGGCAGUGAACUUCAUGCGAGCCCAUCCCCUCAUGUACCACCCUGUGUACCCUAUUCACCGUCGCCCCCUGGUGGUGAGGACCGGGGUGGACUACCGCUUCACAGCCCUGGUGGUGGACCAGGUGGACGCAGUGGACGCCCGAUACGAGGUGCUCUUCCUGGGCACAGAUCGUGGCACUGUCCAAAAGGUCAUAGUUCUACCCAAGGACCCGAGCACCAUGGAGGAGCUCACCCUGGAGGAAGUGGAGGUUUUCAGGACACGUGCUGCUGUUAAAACAAUGAAGAUCUCAUCUAAAAGGCAACAGCUGUACGUGUCAUCGGAGGCAGGGCUUACCCAGGUAUCUCUGCAUCGUUGUGGGGUAUAUGGGAGGGCCUGUUCCGACUGCUGUCUGGCACGGGACCCUUACUGCGCCUGGGACGGGGAGAGCUGCUCCGCUUUCACCCCCGCCACCAAGAGGAGGAGCAGAAGACAGGAUGUGAAACAUGGGGAUCCACUGCGACAGUGCAGAGGCUUCAAUGCCAAAGUGGAGAAUCGUCCGAGAGAGACAGUCCAGUUUGGUGUGGAGGGGAGCAGUACCUUCCUGGAGUGUCAGCCUCGCUCUCCUCAGGCUACAGUCAAGUGGCUCUAUCAGAGAGAAGGAAGGAGGAAAGCGCUCAACCGGGACAGAGAGUAUCUGAAGACACCCCAUGGGAUCCUUCUGAAGUCCCUCAGCCAAUCGGAUGCUGGGCUCUACCACUGCCUGGCCACAGAGAACAACUUCAAACACACUGUGGCCCGGGUGUCGCUGCGCAUUCUGGACCGAGACAUCGUGCUGGCCCUCACCUCCCCUGACAACGAGGCCAUGACCUCCAACAGCCCUCCCACUGGACGGGGGAGACAACAUGACCCCAAGCAGCAGAGGGUCCUUCCAACCCCCCCUUUCACAGACACCCUGUCCCAGCCGGAGAUCAGGCUGAUCCACCAGUACUGUCAGUCCUACUGGGAGCAGCUAAGGCACAAGCAGCAACAGCCCAAACGCACUUCCAGGAGACACACAGAGAGCCAGGAGCAAGAGCCGGAGGAGCAACAGCCUAAACGCAUCAGCAGAAGACACACAGAGAGCCAGGAGACCCAAGGAGGAUAGAGGACUGGACUUCCAACACUAGCCAGCUAGGACACUCCUGUGGUAGACUAGAGAUCCAUGUUUGACACCAAACAUGAGUUUCAUCUCUCUUUGUACACUGAAUGACAUGUGAUACCAACCCUCACACAAGCCAGUAUCUCAGUAUAGAAAUGUAAUAUAUUGAUACGUGUAUAUAUUUUAGGAUCAUAAUAGAUCCAUGGUUUAUUAAUGUUUAAUGGUUAUGAUAUAAGACAAUUGAUAAACAUUUGCCUUUGCACGCUUUAUUCUGUUGGAAAUGUGUACAUUUUGCUGUUCAAUGUUGAGCGAUAAUGUUUUGGUGUGAUGUACAUGUAUGUGUGUAUUUGUCUACUAAUACCAUAUGUGAUAUUGUAAUUGUGGUGACUCUCUUGUUCUCUCUAACACCUUUGUGACCUAUGUUUGUUUGAGGACUCAUGGCUAUACAGUAUUCUUUGAAUUGUGUGCGUGGACGGUGGUGUAUUGAAAGGGAAGUGAGGGAUCUUUCAACAAAACAGAUAAUAUCUACAUGUAGAAGAAUAAGACGGUAAAUCCUAUGUGUGCAUAAUCUUUGUAUUACAUUAUAAUACUACAUUCCAGCAAUAUCAAAUUGUCACUUUUAAUGGGAACAGGUAUAAAGAAGACUGUGAAGACCUCACCAUAUUUUCUAAUGAUAUUGAGCAACAUACUGUAAUGUGUAGUACAGCAACAUACUAUAAUGUGUAUUACGGCAACAUACUGUAAUGUGUAGUACAGCAACAUACUGUAAUGUGUAUUACGGCAA